UGUAUUUUGGAGUUUGCGCACUUUCUUGGAACUCUGAAACCAUAUUGUGCAGUCCCUUGUUUGAAAUAUUACUUUCUGACGAAUAUUCAACUAGUGUCUCGCAAAAGGCAAUGUGAACAGUGGAUCGUGUAUAGAUCUCUGAUGUUAUUUCGUGCCGUAUUAGUGAUAUUACUAAUAUCCUUAAAGUCGAGUAAAAAUAUCGUUAUUGCACAACAUGUACCCAAUAACAAAAUUUCGUUUAACACAGUACAGGGUUGGGGAGUUAAGCUUGGUACAGAAUUAUAUCAUUUCGGAGAAUUUAUUACAAGAAAGAAGGAGGUUGAAGAUAGUUGGAAAUCUGCGCAAAUAGAGUCCAGAGAUGGGGAGAAAUUGGUGCAGAGCAUGGCAGACGAUAUAAGGGCUAUGAUGGAAUUGAAAAUCAGCGCAGUCAAACGAAUAGUCGAAGCUGCCGAAAAUAUGGCGUUUGAUAAACAAAAUGAACCAAUACCUGAUGAUUAUCAAUUCUAUAAUAGCAAGGAAAUGGAAGAUCUUUUAGACGAUACGAUCACGACGACCCCAGAGCCAGAAUUCAACAUGGAAAAUUGGAUCAUUCGGCCUCCGUCUAAAAAUGCUCGUUUAGAACAAAAUGCACACUUUUCAAAUAUACCAGUGAAUAUCAAUAUAACUAGUGUACAUGUGCCAACGAACGUUUAUGCUUGGGCGCCUGAAGUUAUCAAGGGAGUCCAUUGGUCGGAAGGCUUAGACACACACUUCAUUAAUAACUACCAAAGUGAUCCAACGCUUUCGUGGCAAUAUUUUGGUAGUUCCACAGGAUUUAUGAGGCAUUACCCCGCAAUGAAGUGGAAGGCUGAUCCAGUUGAUAUUUAUGACUGCCGAACAAGAGCCUGGUAUAUGGAGGCAGCAGCAAGUCCUAAGGAUGUGGUUAUUUUAGUUGAUCGGAGUGGGUCCAUGACUGGCCAACGUAGAGAUAUCGCCAAACACGUAGUUACCAAUAUACUUGACACGCUUGGCAACAAUGAUUUCGUUAACGUGAUGACUUUUGCGAAUACAGUGGAAGAAAUUGUGCCCUGUUUCGAAGAUUCUUUAGUACAGGCAACCUUGGGGAAUAUUCGGGAGUUCAAACUUGCCCUAGAUAAUUUUGAUACUAUGGAAAUUGCGAACUUUUCAGCAGCUCUAACGCGAGCAUUUGAUCUUCUAGAAAUAUAUAGAAAUAAUAGUGGUGGAGCUAAUUGUAAUCAGGCCAUUAUGUUAGUUACUGAUGGUGUUCCAUAUAAUUACAAGGAAUUAUUUGAGAGAUACAAUUGGAAAUACGACACUCCAGUGAGAGUGUUCACGUACUUGAUAGGUCGCGAGGUAAAGGUUGCAGAUGUGAGAGAGGUGAAAUGGAUGGCGUGUGCGAAUAAGGGAUAUUACGUCCAUCUGAGCACAUUAGCCGAAGUACGAGAAAGGGUAUUGGAACAUGUCAAUGUUCUAGCAAGGCCCUUGGUUUUGCAGCGAGAAAAGCAUCCCGUCGUCUGGACUCCUGUUUAUGCUAACAUAACUGAUCCAAAAGUUGCUGAUUAUUUAUGGGAACAACGGGAGCGAGCUGAACAAAAGGAACGAUUUAUGAGUCAACGACGAGAUAAGGUAUUGUUUAAUUCUGAAAAAGAACAAAAUCGACGAUGGAAAAUUACUCAGAUGAAACAGGGUCAGUAUAGCGAACUUGGAAACGCGCAAUAUCAAUUGAUGACUUCUGUUUCGAUGCCCGUCUAUGAUCUGCGACACAAUGAGAACAUCACAGAGAAUGUACUGAUAAAUGAAGCUUACUGGGUAUCAGUUACAAAAGAGUCCGUAGAGGAGAACGGCCAGAAAGAGAUGCGUAUUGCUAGAUUAUUGGGUGUUGCUGGAACUGACGUCCCAUUGUCUGAAAUUCAAGCUCUAAUGACACCAUAUAAGGUCGGAGUGAACGGUUAUGCCUUCAUGGUCACCAACAAUGGAUACAUUCUUAUUCAUCCUGAUCUAAGGCCUGUUUUCCAACAGAUCCUGAAGCCAAGUUAUAACAGUGUGGAUAUGAUCGAAGUGGAGUUAUUUGACGAUGAUCGAAGUCCACGAAAUUUUAGCAAAGAAUUAACAGCUUUGCGCCAGGACGUGAUAGACCAGAAAACUGGCAAUAAGAUAAUGAGUGUGAAAUAUCACAUGGAUGAUAUGAAAAGAGUGUCUCGAGGGAAGAAGCAUUAUUUCUGGACAGGUAUAAGUGAGUCUCCGUUCACUCUAGUGCUGGCAAUACCAGAGAACUACGGCCGGCAUCGAAUCACCCCUCCUCCCACCGACGAUAUCCAUAGACUCUCCCUCACUUCCAAGAACAUCUCGGCAAAACAAUACCUGUCUGAUAAGUGGAGUGUGCACCCUGAUUGGUUAUAUUGUCGUCAUUAUGAACGCACUUUCUCUACACCCGAGGAGGAACUGUUGUACUUUCUGGAGCGAGUCGCGAAACCUGGCUGGCGAUGGCCAGCCAAGCCACGCCCUCCCGAACAUCACAAGAAUAAGCCGAAUCAUGACAAACAUAAUGGGUCAGUAGAAGGCAGGGACAGAAACAAAUCACCCACUUCUAUGCCCAGAAAUGAAUAUUACUGCGACCAUGGCUUAAUGCAGGCGUUAGUCUACGACGCAAGGAAUACAGCCUGGUUUAACAAGAGCAUAUCUGAUUCUGCAACCGAUGAGAAAGCCCCAUUGACAAAAGUGAUCGGAUUACUGCCGAGGACGGAGUUCAUACAACGUUUCGGUUACAUCGUGGCAUUCCUCGCGACGCACAGCGGCCUGACCAGAUGGCAAACUCAUCCACUCAAAGAACGUGAUGACAAGCCUGAAUUCGGCAAAUUCUGGCCACGUGCGAUUGACGAAGUGUGGUAUCGGCGCGCUAUCGAGCAGCACUACAUCGACCCCCUCAGCUAUGUGUACAGCGUGGAGAUGAGUACCGACAAGUUCCCCCUUAACGUGACCUCAGCCGUCGUCACCGCCUCGCACGCAGUCUUCCACAGCGACGGCCACCGGAAGGCACCCGCCGCGGUAGUCGGCUUUCAGUUCAGACACGAGAGACUUAGCGAGUGGUUUGAGAAUAUUACUUCGUCGUGCGAGCACAAGGAAUGCGUAACGUGCGCUUCAGAUGAUUGGGAGUGUUACCUAGUGGAUAGUAACGGUUGGAUUAUUGUUAGCAAAGAUAUCACGCAAACGGGACACUUCUUCGGAAAGGUGCGGCCGGAUAUAAUGUUGAAACUGGUGGAAGAUGAGGUGUAUAAAGCGGUACACGUGGUGGACUACCAAGCGGUCUGCUUCAGAGAGAAGAAGACUACGAAUCCUGGCUCCGUCAUCACAACGCCGCUUGAAAAUCUACGAAUGAUCAUGUCCUGGCUAAUUGCAACGACGGUAUGGUUUUACAACACUGUGUCUGUUACUCUGGCACAGUCCAGCUAUUCCUUCGACGACGACUAUUAUGUAACAUCCACUGUUGCAUACCAAAACUAUGAAAACGACGAAGAAACGGACGACCCGUCUAUGUUUAAGCCACCAAUGAGAAUACAUGAGAGAGAUUUCGAAAAAUUGGUCCUUAUAAACCGGACCCGACCCACGCCUUGCGACAGAGAAAUGUACUUGUAUCAAAUGGACUGUAAGAAUUUGGAUGAGAAACUGAAUAAGCCACUAAACGAAUGCACGAGGCCGUUCUACGCUCAGCUCGUGAACUACACCAACAUGUUGCUGAUUGUGGUAGACGCUAUGUGCCCCAAGAAAGACGUUUCAAUGCCCUCGAUAGAUCCGACGGAGGUGCAGUACAAUGAGUCACUGCCCUGCCUAAAACAUAAGCAUCCCUUGUACAGAAAGCAGCCCGCAUCAUGCAUUCGAAAUCAUACUGAGGAGAGCAACAUCGACAUGUGCGGACGAGGAAGCUUACCACAUAAAACCCUAUUACCAUGGAUUUUAGUAGUUCUUAAAUGGUCUAUAUCUUACAUUUUAUGUGUAACUUGGAUUUAUUAAAAUUUGAUCUUUACAACUAACUGAAUUAAAUAACAUUUAAGACAGUUGGUUCCAUAUGGUAGCCAUCUAGUUAUCUCAUAAGUAUUUUUAUAACUAUGGCAGAGAUUGUAAAGCAAAAAGAAUUUAUGGUAUUUCACUUCACAUCUGCCAAUUAUGUUCCGUUACACAGGGUGCUGUCAAGAUGGGUGAUACAGCGUCACCGUUAAAGUUAAAGGUGGGGAGGAUGCAUAGCAUGUAAAAUAAACUUCACAUCUUGUACUGCAUUGUAGUAGGCAGGAUGUAUUACUUUUCACAAAUUACAAAUGUUGCUAGCAUUAAAAAAUGUAAUGAGUGUAUAACAGGUCCAUAAAUACAUGCCACAUAAUAGUAGUAAAUGUAGCUAGUGAAAUUACUCAGCAAAUGAGACUUGACAACUUAUCUCUCAAGGUGACGAGCGCAGUUGUAGUGCCAGUCAGAUUUUUUCAAUAAUCCUGAGUGGCACUGCAUUAUAAUGGGCAAGGUGUAUCAAUUACCAAGAGCUGAACGUCCUGCUCGUCUCGUACCUUAUUUUCAUAAAAAAAGGCCUGUUUCAAAUUCUUUCUGCUUUACAACUGGUGUAUACAAAAAUAUUUUAAAUUUUAGCAUCUCAAUAUAGUCAAUGAGAUGAAUAGACAAAAACAUGUCAUUUAACAUAUCAAUGUUUUCAUGUAAAUGAACUAUAAUUUAACUCUCUAUGUGCCACAGCAUAGAUUUGGCAUGUUUCAUAUCAAAUUAUAUACUUCUUUAGUUGAAGGACAAUACAUAAUAAUAAUAAUAAUGAGGAUAAUAAGUAUUUAUCUCAAUUUUGGGUUCGUUUUAUCCUAAUUUUAAGUUGAACUGCUGCAAUUUUUUUAAUAUUAUUUAAGAAACUCUCCAUAUAUUAAAUAUAUUUAAUAAUUAAUCUGUUAUUUGUGUUGUAUUCUCAUUCCGUCCUUAUUU